GUGAACUGAGAUAAGGCCACCUAUAAAUAGUAUUGAUUUUCAUUAAAGUAUAUAAAAAAGAGUGUCAAGUAUCUAGCUUAUGUUAGCAACUACCGGUGCGUAACACGGUUGUUAACCAAAAUAAUGACGAAUAAAGUUGGUAAUCUAGCAUGCUUUGCCAACCCGAAUAGCAACGCGUUCAUCUCGGAUUAUUCUAUUAAAAUUUGUUUCCGAGUGACAAGUGAUUGAAAAUGAGUGCUUCAAAACGAGGAACCAACUGGACUACGCAGGAGGACGAGGCAUUAUGCGCUGCUUGGUUGAACACCUCGCAGGACGCUAGCAUCGGCAUUAACCAGCGCGCAAAAACGCUUUACGAUCGCGUGUUUGAUCGUUUUCUGGAGAUAUGCAGCGAAAAUCACGUUCCGGGUAAUCCAGAACUACGCGCCCCUAGCGGAAUAAAAGCUAGAUGGCAUCACAUUAGUAAAAUGGCAAGCAAGUUUGCAGGUUGUGUUGCCCAAAUCGAGAACCGUUGCCAAAGUGGGGCGUCUCCUGAGGAUUUUUUGAGACAAGCGAUUGCACUAUUUGCAACGACGGAGAAGACUCCAUUUACUUUAAUGCACUGCUACAGCAUACUGCAAAGUGCCCCGAAAUGGCAGCAGUAUCACACAGUAAAGAAAUCACCCACUCCAAAAAGGUUAGCUGCAGAAAUUGAUUUGGCCAGAGGCGAAACAGAUCUGCCAGAUCCAGUGCCUUCAUCUUCCGAUCGUCCUAUCGGUCAAAAGGCCUGUAAAGCGCAAAGGUUGAGCCAAGGAUGCGCCUCUAAUCACGUCGGAAGUGAAAUAGCGAAAGCGGGGAAUAUGUUGGCUAUUGCUGCGAAGGAACGACUGAUGUACUGCAGGCAAAAGGCACUCGCCUUAAGCAGAAUGGCAAACCACGCCAUUAUGUCUGUGGAUAUUAAUGGUUUAAACGAAACAGCAAGAGAGUUUUACUUGCUGGAACAAAAAAGGAUCCUGAACGAAACCAAAGAGGCUUUCAAAAACGAACUGGAGCCUAGACCGGAGCCUCUAGACGAUGAUAGGGAGGAUGUAGAGAAUACUAUUGAAAAUAAUGAUGUUGUAGAUGAGUCUGAUUCUGAUGGAGAUUUUUAA